CUCAAUCAAUUGACGGCGGCAUAUGGAACCUUAUAUUAAGGCAUUAAUAACCGAUAGUUAUGAACAGAAUAAAAACUUCUUCAGAUGUCGGUUCAUGAAAAAUCGGAGGGGCGAUGAGUGUAACUUCGUCGGCACAUUUUCCGACACUCUGACCCAUUUUUCGAUACACACGAAAGUGUACUUGUUCGAAUGCGAGGGAUGCACAAAACAAGUGGUCGACUUCAUGGACCUUGUGGAACACAGAUCGCCUUCCACCGGCGCAAUAUGUAGAGGAACAGUCGAGAAUAUGCGGCAACUUCGACUAGAGCGCAUGAAGACGAUUGAUGCUCACCGCUGCCGAAACGUUUUCAUUGUAGGUGCGACGCGAAGCGAGUUUGAGGAUUAUCUGAGAUAUAAGAACACUCACGGAAAGCAACAGUCGUUCGGCACACCGUUGUACAAUGAUAAUGAAGAGGAACAAACUCGACAUCAGCCGCAACAGCAGAGAUCUUCAACACCACUUGCACCGACAACUCCAACUCCGCCACCACCAACACAAGCUCCUACAAAUCACCGAGAACUGCUGUUAGACUUUCCACUUCCAGUAGAUUUCAGUCGGCCACCGCCAGUUAUUCCGCCGGAAUACUUCUUCAAUGCUCCGUCUGUAUCCCAACAACAUCAUCAAAGGUCCCAGUAUCAACAUUAUGCUCCACAACCACAAGGAAAUCGUACUCCUGGCUAUGUUGCACGUCCCAUCACUCCUCACGGCAACCCGAAGCCACAGAACUACCAAAUUGGAGGAGGAUGGAAUCCUUAUGCAAAUCCACCAUCAGCAAAGGAUGCACCCGCUACUGUCAGAGAUAAUAGGUCUCCGUCGAGACCUCGAGGCGAUUUUCGUAGAGACCGCUCCCAGUCCAGAGGUGCUGAAACUCAUUGUCAACAAAGCUAUCAACCACCAGCGGAUCCACUUCAAGAUCGUUCAAGAAAUGGCCGAUCGCCACCAAUGGGAACUCAUUCGCAUUACGGACAAAAUGCAAAACCUGCUCAAAAUGGAAAUACUUCCCACUACGAGCUUCGCUCCCGGUCCAGAGGUCGUGCAACUGUACCAAUGAAUGCUAAUUUCCGUGCAGGGCAUCAAACAGGAUCUUCAUCUCGCCUGGAGUCUCGAUCCAGAGCUACAGCGUCAGUCGGUGCUCGCGCUCCAUCAAGGGCUCCAGCCCCGUCUUCAACCUCCAGAGAAACUAGGUCGACGCGUCGUUCUCCGUCAAAGGGUCCAAGCGCACCGGCAUACACUCUUCCUUUCGGUGGUUCAACUCCCAAUCACGAGCCGAUGGAUUUGGAGUUGGAAGAUCCAGUUCCACCACCACGCCCGGAUCGACCUCGUGCAUCGACAUCAUUGAAUACGUCGGUCUCUCAAAUUAAACGCAAUGAAGUGCAAACCGGAGUCUAUAAUAUCCGUCCCCAACGAGUCCAGGAUACAGUCCAAAAGGCUAGAACUGCUGUUGGCUAUGCGGGCACUCGUAAUAGGAGUCCUCUGCGAGAAGCCGAUGCUGAAGAGAUUGCAGCGACGGAAGCGCUAAAAAACCGAUUCGCAGUGAAAAGCAGAGGAACCGCAAAAGCCAAAGCAAAUUCAAACCGCGGAGCUGCACUUCUUGAGUCAAUCGAGCCAACCAAUCGAAAAAUCGAAACAGCGGAGGAGCGGGAAAAGAAGCAGAACGAUUUAUAUUUGGAAAAAAUGAGAAAGAUUAGAGAAAAGCAACGUCUGGAACAAGAAAAGAUAGACGAUGUGGUUGUCGAUUCAGGGAAUCUUCCUACGAUUGCUCCAAAUGCUGCCGGAACUCCACCACCGCAGUCGGUCGCCGCCAUGCUGGAGCCGAAGGAAGAGUCUGAAGAAGACGAACCGUCGACCUCCGCAAGUGUUCCUUUUCAAAGAAGGAUGAACUCUCCUCAAACUCAUGCGACAAGCUACGCGAGGCGCAGUGAUGGAAAGCGUCACCCAUCGAAAUCGCGAAGCUCCAGGGAUGACCGAGCCAAUAGGCGUGACCGAGAUCGGGAUUCUGACGGACGCUGUGGAGAUGACCGCCGACGGGACCACCGCAGCCAUCCGUAUGAGCGACAUUAAUCGAGGUUCUCAUGUACCAUCAUUAUUGACUCGAUUUUUUAAAAGAAAGGAACAACAUUUCAUUUUUCCUUCAAAGUAUUUAUUUUUUUCUAAAUUUUAUCCCCCUUUCAGGAGAAAAUAGAUCUCCAACCCCCUCCCCCGUAUUUAUAACAUAAUAGUAUUUUCCCCAUAAUGUGCGAUUUUUAACGGAUCUCUCUUUCUGUCCACAUUAAUUUUUUUCUAAAUUUUAUUCCCCUUUCAAGUGAAAAUAGAUCUCCGACCCCCUCCCACUUAUUUAUAAUAUAGUAAUAGUAUUUUCCCCAUAAUGUGCCAUUUCUGUCCACAUUAAUUUUUUUGUGUGCCUUUUUCUUGUCAUCCGCUUUUUUUUGUUUUUAUAAAAGUAAUUACCAGUUU